UGUGUGUGCUGAUUUUCAGAGUGGAUGUGAGCUUUGCAGGAUUGAAGCAACAAGUAAGCAACAGAGUGGGUAUUGGGAGAUCAAUAGGAUACUAAAUGGCGUUGAGGCGUUUCUUUGGGUUUUCUGAUGGGGAGCUGAUGAGGUCAGAUGCCAAGCCAUGCUCUAGAUUAAUGAGACAAACCGCCGGGAUUUGUACUGUUGGAGGAGGAUUGGCAUUUUGGAUUCUUUGUCGAUUGCACUACGGUCCCAGAAUUACAAUUCCAAGGAGUUUGCGUUGGGUUGCCUGUGGAGCAGUGACUGUGAGCUCUACCUCUGCUUUACUUGUUCGACUUUUUAGUCCUGAAUGCGAACCCCAGAAUAUUGAAGCUUAUGACAAUAAAAAAUAACCCUAGGUGCAACUUGUUUUCUGAAUUUACAACAUUUGUAUUUAACUUGAAAACAUCUUCUAUUGCCUUAGAACUUCUGUCUCCAUAUAAAUGUUGGAACACAGAAAACAGGUGGAAUUUUUGCAUUUCUUUGAGUAGUUAGAAAUGGAAGAUGAAAAAUUUUGAACUCAAGACUGAAAAAGUGAACUGGAUGGUUGUCCAGUUUAGAAAGUCGGAUGGUUUAGUCAGUUGAACUGUUGAUCGUACUGCAGUGUCAUGUGGUCUCUCUUUGUUGCAUGGCUGCAUACAUUUGGUGUAAAAUUUUCAAUUGGCUGUUAUGAAUUUAAUGUUAAAGGAUUUUGCCC